GCUCCAGAAUGACCUGGUUUGACAACAAAAAGUACUGUCUGUUAAUUCUAUACUUUCUGUGGAGUCUCAGUACGGGGAGGGAACUUUCUAGUGAUAUCAUGAUCCUACCACAAACAAGCUCCGGGGACUAUUACACAAAACAAUUUGCAGCUGACAAACAGCGCAGCGACCUAAGGAGAGGAAACGGAGGAGGGCAUUUGGGGAGGGGGAGUUGUUUGGGGACCGCGUAAAAGCUUUGAAUCCACCUCUUCACGCUUGCACUACUUCAGAAAUGCGCAGAGCUAGACUAGGGGAUACCUUUCCGGCCAAAAAGCUGAAGAGUAAUAUUGCUACAAGUUUAAUGCCAGAAACAGUACAGGAAACAGGACAUCAGAACGGAAUGGAUAUACAGGGAGAAAAUUUAGGAAAAAGCAAAAAAGUACGAAAACAGAGGGACAGUCUUUCCACGCAGCAAAGAGCCGGCGCGCUAAGCAUGGACUUGUUGGUUGCCUUGCAGAUAUUACCAGGCUUUUUCUCGAACUGUCUGUUCCUGGCGCUCUAUGACUCGGUGGUCCUCCUAAGGCGUGUGAUGUCACUUCUCAGCUUCUCGAGGUCCGCAGCCUGUGGCGAGUGGCAGCGCAUGCUGACUUCAGCAGGUUUACGCUCGAUAUGGAACAGUUUCCUACUGGAUGCCUACAAGCAGGUGAAGCUUGGUGGGGAGGCUCCCAACUCCAAGGUUGUGAAGGUACCAUCCAUUAGAGGCCGGAAGCGGAGUCCCAGGAACAAGGCAGGCGAUGAGUGCCACCUGUUGGAUUUUGAAUGCUCCGACCGCCCCCUGGUGGUCAACUUUGGCUCUGCCACCUGACCCCCCUUCAUCAGUCAGCUGCCCGCCUUCCGGCAGCUGGUGGAGGACUUCUCGGACGUGGCCGACUUCCUGCUGGUGUACGUGGACGAGGCGCACCCCUCGGAUGGCUGGGCGGUGCCGGUGGCCGGGCCGCACCCGUUUCAGGUGAGGCAGCACCGGAGCCUGGAGGAGCGGGUCCUGGCGGCGCGCAGGCUGCUGGAACACUUUGCCAUUCCGCCGCAGUGCCAGCUGGUCACCGACAGCAUGGACAACAACGCCAACACGGCCUACGGCGUCUCCUUCGAGAGGGUCUGCAUCGUCCAGAAGAGGAGGAUCGCCUACCUGGGGGGGAAGGGCCCCUUCUUUUACAACCUGGGAAACGUCCGGCAGUGGCUUGAGCACAACUUUGGACGGAGGUAGAGUGCAGUAACAGUGAAAAAAAUAAACUUCUCAUUCCACAGGCUGGGGGAAAAGUCUAUUUUAGGACAAUUGAAAUUGCUGAUGCAGGUACAGUGAGACAUUUUGAAAAAGUUCCUCUUCAAAGCCCUGUUGACUACUUCUGGCGAGGUUCCAGUCAGUCUAAUCCAGCGGCUUCCUAUUUGGAACAAAGUCCACGCUCGUAUCGACUUGACCGACAGAUGAGGCGGACGAGCUUUCAGCACACGCGGAACCUCUGCAGCCCUCCCUCAAGGUUGCCGUGCCGACAGAACGCGAAAAAUACACCCCUGUCAGUCGACAUAAACCCAUUGCCCUGUGUGAAAGGAGCCCAGAAUUAUUGAACACAAGUGGAAACACAAGGAGCCAACUUUCAAAAAAAAAAAAAACAACUGGUGAUGUAAGGCUCCUUCAUGCAUAUGAACUUGCUUUCAUUCUGAACGCACUCCCUUCCUCAGUGUGAUUUCAUGCUGUCGGUUUAAUGUGCUGCAGUCUCCUGUUUUUGAUUAAGUGCUCUUCAUGUACUUUUAUUCCUAUGCUGUUUCUUAAACAAAGGGGCCUUUUCUUCUUACUCGAGUUUGACAUGAUGCCAAAUAGAUUCUCUGUGUUCAGUCCUUGCAUUCGUGAGCCCCAAGCCCCACGCAACAGCAUUUUCUGAGCGCAAGUGUAAUGGGGUGCAACCAUGUUUCGGUAAUUGAGUGACAUCACAUAUUUUAGUCGAUGAAACUACGCUGUAGUUCCUCAGCCACAUUUCUACAGACCCUCCUCAUCUGUAGGUCCGACAUACCUGAGGCAAGCCAGAGGCAUUUCCGUUGACCUGCCUUAGUAGAUCAGCUUUGUAGGUCAGCUGUACCUUAGGUGAGCAGCUUUUCUAUAGAGCAUUUACACACAUGGACAGGUUGUUGCCUGACCCUAUCUACGAUUGUAGAUCUUCCCCAAGGACAUACAGAAGUCACUGGGCCUCAUUCACAAAACAUGCAUACGAUCACAUUUGAUCGUAAACUGUGUAAGAACAUUUCCAAGAACAUUUCGGCAUUCAUCAUUUGUUUUCUUAUCUGUCUUUGUUCAUGGCUGUUUCCUUAUGCAAAUCACAUGAUCAGGAUUGCACUUCAAAAUAACAGAGUCAGCACUCAUACACCUGGGAUAUGCACAAAAACAAAGGUCAGCACAUGUGUUAUGAAUCCCAUAUUUGGUUUUUGUUGGAACAUUUUUAGAGCAAAAAUAAGAAUCAUUUAAGAAAAUGAGAAUGUGAACGAGGCUCAUUAUGUUUAUCUGAUAAAAUAUGUACAUUUUGUAUUUAAAAAAAAUCUAGCAAAGCUGCAUGGUUUAGUUUAUAUGCAGUGAGCUCCAUAAUGUCUGGGUCAAAUACAUAUUUUGUUUGGUUUGGCUCUGUACUCCACAACUUUAGAUUUGUAAUCAAAUGAUGCACAUGUGGUUAAAGUGCAGACUCUCAGCUUUUAUUAAGGGAUAUUUUUAUACAAUGUUGGUUUCACCAUGUGGAAAUUGCAGCACUUGUACGUGGUCCCACCAUUUCAGGGCACCACAAUGUUUGGGACAAAUGGCUUCACAGGUGCUUCUAAUUAGUCAGGUGAGUUCACUUGCUUCCUUAGUGCAGGUAGAAGAGAGUGUUCCGUAUCUCAUCUUGAUUAUAGGCUUCUGAUUGGCAUUUCAUUGGCCACAGUUGUGUCAAUGAAAGUCUAGGAAUCCAUUACAUGGCUGACCAAAAUCAUCUGUUUGGGAUAUCAUUAAGAAGAAAGAGAGCACUGGUGAACUCAGUCAUCCUAAAGGUCCUGGUAGGCUAAGGAAGACCUCUACAGUUGAUAGCCAAAGAAUUCUUACCAUGAUGAAGAAACGCCCCCAAACACCUGUUUGACAGAUCAGAAACACUCUUCAGUGUAUGCAAACGACUAGUUCGCUGCAAAAACAGGAUGGCCAGAUUAGAGUUUUCUAAGAAGUACGUAAAAGAGCCUGCAAAAGGUCUUCUGGACAUAUGGGAUGAAGACUCAUUUGUAUCAGAAUUACAGGAAGAGCAAAGUGUGCAGGCCAAAAUAAACCUCAAGAUCCCCAAGAUACACCUCAUCUGAAAAACACAGUGGUGGGGUGUUAUGAUUUGGGCAGGUAUGGCUGCCACAGUUACUGGCUCACUUGUCUUCAUUGAUGAUGUAACUGAUGAUAGCUGCAGCAGAAUGAAUUCUGACGUGUACAGAAACAUCUUAUCUGCUCAAACUCAUCCUACAGCAAGACAAUGAUCCCAAACAUACUGCUAAAGCAGCAAAGGAGUAUUUCAAAGCCAAUAACUAUUCACAAAGCCAAAUCAUUCACCUGAUCUGAAUCAAAUUGAACAUGCAUUUUAUAUGCUAAAGAAGAAACUUAAGGCAACUAGCCACCAAAAAAUGUGGGAGCUGAAGAUGGCUAUAGUGCAGGCCUGGCAGAGCAUCACCAGAUAAUAUACUCAGCAACUGGUGAUGUCUAUGGGUCACAGACUUCAAGCAGUCAUUGCAUGCUAAGGAUAUGCAACAAGUAUUAAACAUGACUACUUUCUUCUGCAUAACAUUAAUGUCCCAAACAUAUUAUGCCCUGAAAUGGGGAGCGUUUGGGGGCUAUGUAUAAAAAGUGCUGUCAUUUCAUGUAACGAAACCAAAGUGUAUGAAAAUCCGAACAAAUAAACGCUGAGAAUGUGCACUUUAAGUACAAACAAUUAUUUUAUAACAAUUGUAAAUUUGUGGAGUGCAAAGCUAGAUCAAGAAAAAAAUGUAUCUUUGUCCAAAACAUUAUGGAGCUCACUGUAUCACUGACAAAAAACUGCAAAUAUUUACGAAACGUUUUUUUAGUUUUAGUCCACAUCUUUUUCCAUCGUCUUGUUAUCAGGGUCUCUUCAUAUCAGGAAAAACAAAGGCACAAGCAUGUGACUAGGUUGGAAAAGCCACUCUGGUUAGUAUUUGAUUGCUUAGAUACAGCCAUGGUGGGUCGCUUAUAGUGUGGCUCUGUAGAGCGAGGGAGAUGUGGCUAACCAAUAUGGAGAAAAAAGUAUGAAACGUGAUGGCACUUGCACUGUCUGGUGCUGCAGUUAUGAAGAGUGGGAAAUGCCGGGGCGGAGACUAUGACUACGUCCUGAGAGAGCGAGCACGUUUGUUGGGAGAUGACAGUGCAUCUGCUGUUGGGGUGUUCCAGCUGGUCUGUGCAUCGAUGAGAAGGCAGUAGGUCAGGCCACAUACCUUUUGGGAUGUGACCAGGAACUGCAAACCAGGCUAAAAAAAAAAGAAGCUAAACUGACAAGUUCCCCUUUGUUUGAGAACGACGAGUCCCCAUCCCACAACAGAGAUGAGCUUCUUUCCCAGGCCGUCCUUUUUUUUGUGGUCGAGACAGAGCUGGUGUGUGAAUGAAGAUCACUGAGGAAAGGGCUGCUGAGCCCUGUCGGUGGUUGGAUGCAAGACCACCCCUCUCUGUCUGGAUUCAAAUAUGUAGGCCUGCUCAGAUACUCAUCAUGUGUUCUCUCCUUUUUGUAAAUUUGGGUUUUUGUAGUGCAGACAGCUGCUUUUUUUAAAUUGUGAAAAAAAUACAUUAAAGCUGGAAUUUUGCUGCAGA